CAAGUUGUCUACAGUAGAGAAAAUGGUAAAUUACCCUCAUCUUAACCCUUUAGGUGAGGGUCACAAAAAGUAUUCUGGGUUUAAUCAUCUCCCAAACCAUCUCUCUGGUUUAAAUGUAAAUAAAGUAAGUGCACAUGGCCAUACACAAAUUCUAAACAUCACCGUGACAACCGAGUAGAACCCUCUUAGUGUGAUGUCACACUGGAAGAGUUCUAUACAGGAGCUUCCUGAGCUCCUAAUUCUGACAUUCUGUCUUAGGUCACUGAGAGAGAAGCAUCACAACAGUGCAGCUGCUAUCCGUGAGAAUCCAGUGUAAAGAGAGUGACUUCAGAUUCUGAUAGUGAAGCAAUAAUGGAUAACUGUGGAGCUAGAGGAGAAAAGAGAAAGAGCUGUGGAGAGGCUAACCAGCCGGUUUUAGAGGGAGAAAAAUAUCUUCCCAAUACUGAAGCUCAGGUAGUUAAGAAAUGGAAGGCAGAAGAGAACUGGCUUGACAGAAGGAGGUGGAGAGAGUGGCAGAGAAACACCCUCAAGCCAGGGAAAGAAAUAAGAAUAAGAGAGCUUCUCAAUACUGAAGCCCAGGCAUCUAGGAAAAGGAAGAUCGAAGAAACUUGUCCUGAGAGACAGAUUCAGAGAGACGCCCCCAAACCAGGGGAGGAACGAAAAGUUAGGGAUCUUCCUAAUACUGAGGCCCAGGUGUAUAAGAAAAGGAAGACUGAAGAAACCUGUCCUGAGAGACAGAUUCAGACAGACGCCCCCAAACCAGACACCUUUGCUUCUCGGUACAUUACUGGGUGCAAACUGGGUCAAGGAGGUUUUGGAGCUGUCUUCGCUGGAACCCGCAUUUCCGAUGGCCUAGAGGUGGCGAUUAAAUGUGUCAUGAAGCAGAGAUAUGAAAAGUGUAUCCGGGAUCCUGCAGGCAGGAUUGUGCCUUAUGAAGUGGCUAUGAUGAUGAGGAUGAGCAAUCCACCCGUCAGAAACAUAAUCCAACUGGUGGAGUGGUUUGAUGAGCCCAAGCGCUUCAUUUUAAUUGUUGAGCGCCCUCCGUGUUGCAUGGACUUGAACGUCUUCAUACACCGUUGUGGAGGUUCACUUAAUGAACGCACAGCCAAAAGCAUCAUGUUGCAGGCAGUGCAGGCAGUGAGAACAUGCCACGAGCGAGGUGUCUUUCACCGGGACAUCAAACUGGAGAACUUUCUCAUCAACCCCCGAACCUUGGAGCUGAAGCUGAUUGACUUUGGCUGUGGUGAUUGGGUGAAGUCUACUGGAUACAAUUCUUUUGCAGGCACCCGGAUUUACUGCCCCCCAGAACAUCUGAUAGAGGGGAGGUACCAUGCUAAGCCUGCAACAGUCUGGUCUCUUGGAGUCCUACUGUACAGGAUGGUUUGUGGAUUCUUCCCCUUUAGAAACGAUUGGGAAAUCUGUGGGGGCCUUAGAUGCAUCAGAAAAGGCCUAUCUCAUGAAUGCUGCGAUCUGAUCAUGAGGUGUCUGCAGCCCAGGCCAAACUGGAGGCCCUGUUUUGAACAGAUCUUGCAUCACAACUGGUUUCAUGUCUAGGAUCAGGUUAUGAAAAGAGAUCCCUACAAUGACAUGCUGAAGGAAACCACAACAGCAUUUACAAAGCCAAUGAGUGUAUAGUUUAGUAUGAAGUGUAAACAUUAGUGUAUAAGCCAGAAAGGACACUGUCCUCGAGGUGUAGAAGAAAUGGGAUGUGUAGAAGUUGACUUAUCCGUUGUCGACCAGAGGAGGAUGGGUUCCCCUUUGGAGUCUUGGUUCCUCCUAAGGUUUCUUCCUCUUGACUUGAGGGAGUUUUUCCUUGCCACUGUCGCCAUUGGGCUUACUCUAAAGAGGCUCGGACACGGAUCAGUCAAUGCUUUAGUGUAGAGGAAACAACUUGAAAGGAAAAUGGAGACAACCACUCAGGAGGGCCUAUUUCAUGAAGACCCAGAAAAUAAACAUUAAAACCAUG